CUCGGCUCCCAUCCCCGCAUGUGAUCACAGAAGAAGGUCAAUCAUGGCGGCCUGUGUGAAGAAGCUGGACAAAUGUAUCUUUAAUUUAAGGUUAUUAAGAAAUCUACAACUGCAGAAUGAACGUAAGUAAAUAUUAAAUAAAGAAUUUAACCGGAUUUUUCUGCUGCUGUGGAUCUAAAUGUUGUUGUUUUUGUAACAGACGUCUUCAAACUGUUAUCCUGUUCUGAGAGGUUUGACUUUAUUAAAGGUGUAUCUAUUUUAAUGUAAUCAUGUUAUUUUCUCUCUCAGGAUACCUGUCCACGUCUGUCCUCCGUCUCUCUGCGGGAACAAACGAUAAAUUCGUCCCUCCGUCCAAACCGGUGAUCGUGGAUAAAACCCAGACUACUGCAUCUCUGAGGAAGUAAGAAGAAAAUAACAUAAACUUUAAUUAAUCUAAGGAAAUAAACUAGAAAAUAAACUUUAAUUAAUCUGUGAUCAUCGAUAAAACACAGACAACUGCAUCUCUGAGGAAGUAAGAAGAAAAUAACAUAAACUUUAAUUAAUCUGAGGAAAUAAACUAGAAAAUAAACUUUAACUAAUCACUUAUCAACGAUAAAACACAGACUACUGCAUCUCUGAGGACGUAUGAAUAAAAUAACAUAAACUUUAAUUAAUCAGAGGAAAUAAACUAAAUAAACUUUAAUUAAUCACUUAUCAACGAUAAAACCCAGACAACUGCAUCUCUGAGGAAGUAAGAAGAAAAUAACAUAAACUUUAAUUAAUCUGUGAUCAUCGAUAAAACACAGACUACUGCAUCUCUGAGGAAGUAAGAAGAAAAUAAUAUACUAAAAAAUAAACUCUAAUUUACCUGUGCGACACACACAGAAAAAAGCUGUUCACUGCAGCUUUAAUGUGUGUCUUAAACACGGAGCUAAAUUCUGGUUUCUGUUCCAGGUUUCUGAGUCCAGAGUUCGUCCCCCCCAGACAGAGAACCAAUCCUCUAAAGUUCUUCAUGGAGAGGAAAGACAUGAUCCAGAGGAGGAAAGUGAUCCAGAUCCCAGAGUUUUAUGUUGGUGAGGAUGAAGCUUUAAGUUCCUGAUGUGAUGAAGAAGUUAUAGAAACAUUUGAUUCAACUGUUUUAAACGGAGUUUCAUUCUAACUACAGAGUUCUGCAGACUGUAACUCCUAACAUAUUUAUUUCAAAUAUUUCUCCUCUUUGUGGAAAAAUAAUGAAGUCGAUUCUUUUUAUUUAUUUAUUUGGAUCCCCAUUAUCUACUACCUAAGUAGCAGCUCCUGUUCCUGGGGUCAACAAGACGACAUUAAACAUUCGUACAGAUUAAAAUGAUAAAAGUCCGAACAGGAGAAUCAUACAAGAUAUUAAAAUCAGAACUAAAACAAGAAUUAUGAUGACAUUACAUUUACAUUUACAACACCAAUAAAGACCAAAUUAAAUGUACUAAUAAUCAAAAAUCUCAUUGUCAUGUAUUGUAAGUUGUCACAGUCUAUUCUAGGUGUUUCUUAUUUCAGUGAGUCUGGGUCUGUAGAUAUUAGUUUACCUCCUUUUUAAACACGUUCACUGGUUAACCUCGUAAUAACAGAAGGAAGACUCUUCCAUGUUUUCAUCCCUCUGACCACGACAGCACGCCGCCCAGACUUCGUGUUCUUGACUCUUGAACUUGUUUUCAGGGAGCAUUCUGGCGGUGACCACGGCCGACUCCACCGCGAACGGGAAGAGUUCUCGCUUUGUUGGCAUCUGUGUCCAGAGAGGCGGUAAAGGUCUGGGAGCCACAUUUAUACUGAGGAACAUUAUUGAUAACCAAGGUGAGUUUGAUUAGUUUUCAGGGUCAGAACUUCUUUUAUGGAAAUAUCUUUACGUCUAAACUAAAUCAGUUAUUGUUUUAAACCUGCUCACAAAAACAGCUUAUAAAACUGGGACUAUUUAACACCUGUAAUUAUAUUUACAAGUCCAAACUCACUCCAGCGUCUCUGUUGUUUUUCUUCACGGGUGGUUCAGGCGUGGAGAUCUGCUACGAGCUCUACAGUCCUCUUAUUCAGGCGGUGGAGGUGCUGAAGCUGGAGAAGAGGCUUGAUGAUAACCUGAUGUACCUGAGAGACGCUCUGCCCGAGUACAGCACCGUGGACCCGGACAUGAAGCCUCUGCCCAUCUCCCACUCUGGAGAGGUUCCCGUGAACGAGGUAAGAGAUCUGAAAGACCACGACAGACAAAGCUCACAGUUUUGGUUUGAGGGUCCAGAAGUUGUUGGUAAACUGAAAUAAGAUCCUCUUUUUCUGACAGAUCAAGGUGAAGAUGCGCCCAAAGCCGUGGUCCAAACGGUGGGAGCGACCAAAGUUCGACAUCAAGGGAAUCAACUUUGAGUUAGCCCUGACCCCGGAGAAGAUGGAGCGCGCUCAGAAGUGGGCGGAGCCUUGGAACGAGUUCGACAUGCUAAGGGAGUACGACACCUCUGAGCUGGAGGAGAAGAUCUUCAAGGAGGUGCAGCAGGAGAUGAACAAGUGAAGGAGAUCCACUUUGACUUUGGACUUGGUUCAGGAACAGGGAGAGACUGAGAGACCAGGUCUGCAUGGAUUCUGGACUUCCUGCUGGACUCUCAUCAGUUUGGAGCGAAAACAGAGAAAACUGAAGAUCCAGACGACUCAGAGGAUCUCCUCAUACAGCCUGAUGAUGGACAGAAUAUUGAAUUAAAACGGCUCUUGUCUUGGUUAUGUCAGCAGAUCAGUCAAAGGUUUCUAUUAAUAAAGUUAUUAUGAAACCUUAAUGGAUUUUCACUCACUGUUUAAAGGGAUAUUCCAGCGUAAAAUUAAUUAAAGCGCAGCUCAAGGAAGAACAUUUAUGAUCAUUUCUUCAUGGAAAUACAAUCAGACCGAGACGCUAAGACAGAAGAACUGUCUGUAAAAUGAUUAAUAUGGUGAUUAUUACUUCAAGGACAUGAUAAAGAAAUGUUCUUCCUUGAGCUGCGGCACCCCGCUGUAGUCCGUAAUGGACUGGCCUGAGGUCUCUCUACAAACAAGCGGCUGCUGGAAGAGAGUAGGUGAGUUGUGUUUAGUCUCUUUGCCAAAGAAAUGAGUCAAAGUUAAAAAGAUGUUUGGUGUCUGGUACUAUGGCUGUGACCCUAUAUGUACUAACCUCAGUAGAUCAUGGUGUAGUUCCAUUCAGUAACAGAACCUCAUUAGAAAAUUAGCUGAUUUAACUUUACUGUGCUCUUGUUCAAAUAUAUUAACUCGACAGCACAUAAACCCAUACCUGUUAACAAAAUCAUGAUUUUAUUGAUAAUUCGGCUCAAUAAAAACACCUUUACCUUUUCAUUUUACUACAGUAGAAGUUUAUUGGCCCAGCUUAUAGACGACAGAGGUGGAGAAACGCCCCCACUUAAGUUUAUGUUUUCUUAGGAGUUAGAACAACUCUGAAUAUAGUACUAUGUCUGUGACCCUAUAUGUCCUGUUGAUGAAGGUAGGUGCUGUUCUGAGCAUUAUUUGUGGCUAUAGAGUGGCGUUGUGGCUGAGGGCGUGGCUCUCUGUAUUUCUAUCCUGCGGUCGUUACUAAAGUUGGUAUAACUAGAGAACAAAGCGGUCGACAACAUUCAUCUCUGGAGGGGGGGUCUAACUCGGUGUUACGGUGGGUUUGACCUUAAAUUAAUUUUACACCGGAUUAUCCCUUUAAUAUGAAAUAACUCUGACUCAGCACUAGGUGGCACCCUUUCCCUAUGUUCCUCAGUUUUCUGAGCAGGUCAGUGUUUUUAGGUGAAGUCCUGUGAUUAUCUCAGAGACCGUUAUUAUGACUCUGUUUCUGUUAUGUAAGAUGAACCAAGGAGUAAAAACUGUUAAACAGAGUCAAACCCGAGUUCCUUCACAUGCACUUGUUCUAAAUCUGACACCCCUCUCUGUUCAGCCCAGUUAAGGUUUCCAUUCACAGAAGUAAACGGGCCUCAGCAGAACCCUUCACUCUGAAAACAAGGCUGGUAUAUCCAGGGAUCGCAGACACCCAGGACACCCGGGAGUGUUUUAGUGUUGUGGAUGGAAAAUUGUGGUGUUAAGAUGGCAUGUUAGAGCGUCAGCAGGGUAGUAUAAAAACACUUGGACUCCUCAUGUUAUGUCUGCUCCCUCUGUGUGUGUGUGUGUGUGUGUGUGUGUGUGUGUGUGUGUGUGUGUGUGUGUGUGUAUAAACAGUCCCUGCACUCUAAUUUCUCCAUAUUACAGGAUGAGACGCGGAGAAAAUGGUCUCUAAUACAGGAGUAGCAGAUGUUUACUGAGCUCAUUACGGACCACACACGUUCACAGAGGAGAUCAUUGCUGCUACGUUUACGGUAAUGAGGAGGAGGAGGAGGAGGAAACGCUCUUCAACGUCACACAGCACAACACUUCACGUUAUUAUCGGGUUAGAGAGACGCGCUCAUUCUUCGGUUUUUACACCUGUUGAAGAGUCGGCUUUAUUCUGAAGGAAACCUCGGCUGGUCCAUCAUUCCUCCACCCUUCUUCUUCACCCUUUCACUCCUCACUCACUCUCUUAUUUCUCUGUGUGUUAUCAUUAAAUCUGAGCAAGACAAAAUUAAUGGUAUUUGGGAAUUUACCACUGAAAACAGAAGUAUUAAUAAAGUUAGAGGGAGUUACAACAGAAUGUGUGAGGGAAGUUAUAAUUUAAGAGGAAGAGUUUUAGUGUUUCAGGUUUUCCGUGGAGUUAAAGUUCAAACAUAUUUACACAAAUUAAAAUGAGGAAUAAAGACACGAUGAUGAAGAGGUACAGAGAUGAGGACGGUGUUAAAUAGUGUUAUGAGGUUUUUGUUUUUUUGUUUGUUUGCUUCUUGUUUUAUUUGUUUUUGUUGUUUUUCUGGUAGUCAGGAAUUCGUUAAAGAUACAUCUUAUUUUGUGGUUUUAAUACAAAAAAUCUAAUAUCAGUCAAUAGUUAUUAGUUAUUGAUGACAUUUGGUAAUAUAUCGAUAUCUCUGUGUUCUCUUAUGUCUGUGUCGUCAACAUUUGAACAUUUUUGAGCGGUCCGCUCUUUCUGACUGUAAACAAAGCCGUUCUCCACCUCCUCUAACCUGAUUGGUUGUGAGGCAGACGCUGCUCCCCCGUGUCGUUCAGGAGCCCAAACAAAGUUAGCGUGCUACAAUAUCGGACAGUAGAAACCAACCAGAAAGUUCGGAAAAUUGUCUGAAUCCUCCUUUGGCCACGACUGCCGACACAAGCAAGAAAACACUCAAACAUAAACAGUCAACAAGAAAACAGUCAGCAAGAAAACAGUCAACACCAAAACAGUCAACAAAAAACAGUCAACCACAAUCAACAAGAAAACAGUCAGCAAGAAAACGUCAACCAUAAUCAGUCAACAAGAAAACAGUCAACAAAAAACAGUCAGCAAGAAAACAGUCAACAAGAAAACAGUCAGCAAGAAAACAGUCAACAAGUAAACAGUCAACCAUAAACAGUCAGCAAGAAAACAGUCAACACCAAACCAGUCAACACCAAAACAGUCAACAAGAUAACAGUCAACAAGAAAACAGUCAGCAAGAAAACAGUCAACACCAAACCGGUCAAAAAGAAAACAGUCAACAAGAUAACAGUCAACAAGAUAACAGUCAACAAGAAAACAGUCAGCAAGAAAACAGUCAACACCAAACCAGUCAACACCAAAACAGUCAACAAGAUAACAGUCAACAAGAUAACAGUCAACAAGAAAACAGUCAGCAAGAAAACAGUCAGCAAGAAAACAGUCAACAAGAAAACAGUCAGCAAGAAAACAGUCAGCAAGAAAAUGCUGCUCCCCCGUGUCGUUCAGGAGCCCAAACAAAGUUAGCGUGUUACAAUAUCGGACAGUAGAAACCAACCAGAAAGUUCGGAAAAUUGUCUGAAUCCUCCUUUGGCCACGACUGCCGACACAAGCAAGAAAACACUCAAACAUAAACAGUCAGCAAGAAAACAGUCAACAAAAAACAGUCAACCACAAUCAACAAGAAAACAGUCAGCAAGAAAACGUCAACCAUAAUCAGUCAACAAGAAAACAGUCAACAAAAAACAGUCAGCAAGAAAACAGUCAACAAGAAAACAGUCAGCAAGAAAACAGUCAACAAGUAAACAGUCAACCAUAAACAGUCAGCAAGAAAACAGUCAACACCAAACCAGUCAACACCAAAACAGUCAACAAGAUAACAGUCAACAAGAAAACAGUCAGCAAGAAAACAGUCAACACCAAACCGGUCAAAAAGAAAACAGUCAACAAGAUAACAGUCAACAAGAUAACAGUCAACAAGAAAACAGUCAGCAAGAAAACAGUCAACACCAAACCAGUCAACACCAAAACAGUCAACAAGAUAACAGUCAACAAGAUAACAGUCAACAAGAAAACAGUCAGCAAGAAAACAGUCAGCAAGAAAACAGUCAACAAGAAAACAGUCAGCAAGAAAACAGUCAGCAAGAAAAUGCUGCUCCCCCGUGUCGUUCAGGAGCCCAAACAAAGUUAGCGUGUUACAAUAUCGGACAGUAGAAACCAACCAGAAAGUUCGGAAAAUUGUCUGAAUCCUCCUUUGGCCACGACUGCCGACACAAGCAAGAAAACGACGUAAAUACCGGAGACUCUGGAGGAAUAACGGGCGCUUAAAACGGAGGUAGACCGGACAAGAGCUAAAAAGCCGGGUCAACAUGAACCAUGGGGGACGCUUGGGGAUCUUGGUGACCCUGUAACCUUUCUGCUGGACAGGUAAACCGCUUUAACAAAGUAAGACAAGUGUCUGUAACAGAAGUGUUUCUUGUCAAACGGACCUGCUGUAGCGUGUUGUAGCGCCAUCGCUAAACUGUCCUCCCUCGGGUCCUGGACUAUGUCACUUUAUCCUCGUUGUAGAAGUCCUGCAAACAUUGUGUUUGCUGGUAGUCUGUUGGCAUCUACAGUAGCACCAAUGCUUUUGACUUUCACCUUGACUGGGCCCCAUUUGUAAUGAUCUGAAGUAUUUAUCUGCAUUAUAUCUGAAUUUAAUUGGAACGAUACGAGCGAGCAGGAGCGUCUGUUUGUGGGCGGGGCUUGCUGGAGCAGUGAGGGAGGAGAGAGAGAGAGAUAAAAAGAGAGAGAGAGAGAGUUUCUCUGUGUUGUAUCUCUAACUCUGUGGCUCUAAAACAGUUGAAGUGUGUUUCUGCUCGAUGAGGUUUCUAUGAGGUGAAUAAAUGUUGGUUCAGUUGAUCUUCAGGACGGCUGCAGCUUUAAGAACUUCUGCUUGUUGGAGUUUGAGAGUCUAAAGAUCACAGAGACACUCCUCCUCCUGGAUUGUAGACAAACUGGAUCCCCCCCCCCUCCCUCGUCUCUCUCAGCUCACUCCACUCUGCACUCUCACUUCCUUGUUUCCUUCCCUUCCUUCUUCCCUCCCCCUUCAGAUCUACAGUCUUGGUUGGGUGUAACCUCCGUGUGCUGAGGUGAUCCUGCUGACUCACAUGUUGUUGAGAUCAGAGCUCAGACUAGUUUCACUUCUCAGGAAAUAAAACUCAGUCAGUCGUCGUCGACAGCGAGUGUUGAAAUGGCGCAGAAAGGAGUUCAUCUGGACCGUGAGUCUUUCUCUUGUUCCAUCUGUUUGGAUCUUCUGAAGGAUCCGGGGACUCUCACCUGUGGACACAGCUUCUGCAUGAGCUGUAUUCAAUCCUACUGGGAUACUGAGGAUGAGAAGAAGAUCUACAGCUGUCCUCAGUGCAGAGAGACCUUCAGACCGAGGCCUGUCCCAAUAAAAAACAUCAUGUUAGCAGGUUUAGUGGAGGAAGUGAAGAAGAGCGGACUCCAAGCUGCUCCUGGUGGUUCCUCUGAGGCUGGACCUGAAGAUGUGGCCUGUGAUUUCUGCAGUGGGAGAAAACUGAAAGCUGUCAAGUCCUGUCUUCAAUGUCUGGUUUCUUACUGUCAGAUUCACCUCCAGCCUCAUUUUGAAGUUACUCCAUUAAAGAAACACAAGCUGGUGGAGCCCUCCAAGAAGCUCCAGGAGAACAUCUGCUCUCGUCAUGAUGAGGUGAUGAAGAUCUUCUGCCGCACUGAUCAGAAGUCCAUCUGUUCUCUCUGCUGUUUGGACCAACACAAAGGUCACGACACAGUCUCAGCUGCAGCAGAAAGGACUGAGAGGCAGAAAGAUCUGGAGGAGAGUCGAGAAAACAUCCAGCAGAGAAUCCAGGACAGAGAAGAAGAUGUGAAGCUGCUCCAACAGGAGGUGGAGGCUAUCAACGGCUCUGCUGAUAAAGCUGUGGAGCACAGCCAGGAGAUCUUCAUCCAGCUGAUCCGUCUGAUGGAGAAACGCCGCUCUGAGGUGGAGCAGCAGGUCAGAUCCCAGCAGGAACGUGAAGUGAGUCGAGUCAAAGAGCUUCAGGAGAAACUGGAGCAGGAGAUCACUGAGCUGAAGAGGAAAGACGCUGAUCUGCAGAAGCUCUCACUCACAGAGGACCACAACCAGUUUCUGCACAGCUACCCCUCACUGUCAGAACCGGGUCAACCUGCAGACUCAUCCAGAAUCAACAUCCGUCCUCUGAGAUACUUUGAGGAGGUGACAGCAGCUGUGUCAGAGGUCAGAGAGAAACUCCAGGAUCUUCUGACAGAGACGAGGACAAACGUCUCACAGGCAGUGACUGAAGUGGAUGUUUUACUGUCAGAACCAGAACCAGCAGAACCCAAGACCAGAGCUGAUUUCUUAAGAUAUUCACGGAGAAUCACACUGGAUCCAAACACAGUAAGCAGAUGGCUGUUAUUAUCUGAUGGAAACAGAAGAGCGACAUAUACAAAACAACAACAGUCUUAUCCUGAUCAUCCAGACAGAUUCACUGAUUAUUAUCAGGUCCUGAGUAGAGAGAGUCUGACUGGACGUUGUUACUGGGAGGUGGACUGGAGAGGGGGCGGGGUUUGGGUAGCAGUCGCAUACAAGACUAUCAGGAGAGACGGAGACUCAGAGGAUUGUGUAUUUGGAGAAAAUGACAAAUCUUGGAUGUUACUCUGUUCUAAAAACAGUUAUAAAUUUGGUCACAACAACGUCGGCACUGAUGUCUCAGGUCCUCCGUCCUCCAGAGUCGGAGUGUACCUGGAUCACAGAGCAGGUAUUCUGUCCUUCUACAGCGUCUCUGAAACCAUGACUCUCCUCCACAGAGUCCAGACCACAUUCACUGAACCUCUACAUGCUGGACUGUGGUUAAACUGGUCUUACGGAGACUCUGCUGAGUUUCUAGAAGUGAAGUAAAGAGAAUUUUGAGUCCAUCAGACCAAAAUCAUGGACUGAGAUCCUUGAACUCUUGAAAUGUUCUGGUUUGUAAAUGUUUGUGGAUCAGUCUCACCAAACACUCUGGGUUUAGUUCUUCAUUUCAGCUUUUUGAUUCUUUUCUAAAGAUGCUGAUUUGGUCGCAGCUUUAAGGACAGUGAUUGUGGAGAACUUUGAUUGUUUGUAUUUCUCAUGUUGAAAAAUCUUCAUACAGUUUGAUAUCAACAACAUCAAGAUGAUGGUUUGUUCAAAUCACCUUCAGUUGGUGCAGAUGUUGAAGGUCUGAGACUUUAGAAAAAAGUGAGGUCAAAAUCACAGAAAAAGGACGACCUUAUUUCCUGUCCCAAAUCCAAGCGUCUAAAGUCUUUCCAGUCGUCCCCAAAAACUCUUCAGAUGAUCUGUUUCUUUCUCUGUUUGCUGAAUAUUUGUGUUCAUGUGAUCGAUGGAUAUUUCUGUCUGCUUCUGUUGGAUCAGUGUGUUUGUAAAGACAUCUAGAAUCAGACUUUGGACAGAUCUACAUGUUGUUAUGAGCUUUUCAAUCACUCUAAUAAUAAUAAUAAUCACAUUUAUUAGUCCGACUGUUUGGAUGUUUCUGACUCAGCUCAGAUUGUGGUCAAGUCUCUGAUUGUGGGUAAAAAAAUCAUAAAAAUCCUCAAACUGAGUCACUGAAAUCACCUCGUCUGUUUGUCUUUAUUGUGUCUGUUUCUGCUGGAUGUCAUGUUACCGCUCCGUCCGGGUCAUGGAUCCAUGUGGUCUUACAUGUCCCAGAUGUGAGUCCUGCAGCUGGAUCAGGUUUUCUGUAGAGGACAAAGACAGGAGGCAGGUUGUGUGUCUUUUUGGUUUGAUGUAACCAGACUAGUCCUGUUGAGAUCAUCAAUCUCUUUUUCAGGGGGGGUCCUGACCAAGAAUGGCAGCAAAAAACAAACACACUCAGACUCACACAGAUCCACAUCAGCAACAAGAACUCAGUGUUCAUAUGAGAGAGUCCAGCUGAUCUCUAGUCUAAGGAAAGAAGUCUGGACCACGAGAAGAAAACCGACUUAAAGGUGAAGUAGACAGGAAUCUGUUAAAGAAGCAUCUUUUUAUUUUGUGUUUUUUAUACAAAAAUCUUUUAAUAUCAGUCAAUAGUUAUUAGUUAUUGAUGACAUUUGGUAAUAUAACGAUAUCUCUGUGUUCUCUUAUGUCUGUGUCGUCAACAUUUGAACAUUUUUGAGCGGUCCGCUCUUUCUGACUGUAAACAAAGCCGUUCUCCACCUCCUCUAACCUGAUUGGUUGUGAGGCAGACGCUGCUCCCCCGUGUCGUUCAGGAGCCCAAACAAAGUUAGCGUGCUACAAUAUCGGACAGUAGAAACCAACCAGAAAGUUCGGAAAAUUGUCUGAAUCCUCCUUUGGCCACGACUGCCGACACAAGCAAGAAAACACUCAAACAUAAACAGUCAGCAAGAAAACAGUCAACACCAAACCGGUCAACAAGAAAACAGUCAACAAGAAAACAGUCAACACCAAACCAGUCAACAGGAAAACAGUCAACACCAAACUGAUCGACAGGAAAAUGGUCAACACCAAAACAGUGAACAAAAAACAGUCAGCAAGAAAACAGUCAACAAGAAAACAGUCAGCAAGAAAACGUCAACUAUAAUCAGUCAACAAGAAAACAGUCAACAAGAAAACAGUCAAUGAAAAACAGUCAACCAUAAACAGUCAACACCAAAACAGUCAACAAAAAACCGUCAACAAGAAAACAGUCAGCAAGAAAACAGUCAACCAUAAUCAGUCAACAAGAAAACAGUCAGCAAAAAACAGUCAACCAUAAACAGUCAACGCCAAAACAGUCAACAAAAAACAGUCAACCAGAAAACAGUCAGCAAGAAAACAGUCAACAAGAAAAUAGUCAGCAAGAAAACAGUCAACAAGAAAACAGUCAACAAGAAAACAGUCAACAAAAAACAGUCAACCAUAAACAGUCAACACCAAAACAGUCAACAAAAAACAGUCAACAAGAAAACAGUCAGCAAGAAAACAGUCAACCAUAAUCAGUCAACAAGAAACAGUCAACACCAAAACAGUCAACCAGAAAACAGUCAGCAAGAAAACAGUCAACAAGAAAACAGUCAGCAAGAAAACAGUCAACAAGAAAACAGUCAGCAAGAAAACAGUCAACAAGAAAACAGUCAACAAAAACAGUCAACCAUAAACAGUCAACACCAAAACAGUCAACAAAAAACAGUCAGCAAGAAAACAGUCAACCAUAAACAGUCAACACCAAAACAGUCAACACCAAAACAGUCAACAAGAAAACAGUCAGCAAGAAAACAGUCAACCAUAAACAGUCAACACCAAAACAGUCAACAAGAAAGCAGUCAACAAGAAACUGCUGCUCCCCCGUGUCGUUCAGGAGCCCAAACAAAGUUAGCGUGCUACAAUAUCGGACAGUAGAAACCAACCAGAAAGUUCGGAAAAUUGUCUGAAUCCUCCUUUGGCCACGACUGCCGACACAAGCAAGAAAACAAAGUAAAUACCGGAGACUCUGGAGGAAUAACGGGCGCUUAAAACGGAGGUAGACCGGACAAGAGCUAAAAAGCCGGGUCAACAUAAACGAUGGGGGACGCUUGGGGAUCUUGGUGACCCUGUAGACCCUGUAUCUAUGGAAGUUCGGUGUGGGUCCUUCUUAUUUAAAGGGUAGAGUUGGG